GCUUCGUUAAUAAAUUCAGACCUUCACUUCAUCGUUCUCUCUCUUCCAGUCGAUUUCCCAUAUUUCUCUACCUUCUAUUGCUUCUAUAUCUAUUUAUAUAAGACAUUUGUGUGCAUAUAAACAAAAGAUAAUAUUAUUGUUUCGGAAAAUAGAUUAGGGUUUUGAUUCACACACUUCACAGGUGAUGUGUCCAACGAGUGAUUCGAUUGUAUCGAAAAAGCACCGCUUAUGUCGUAAUUUGAUGAUAUUUGAUGAUGUUAAAUUAUGUUUAGGUUUUCAGUUAGCUUUAGGUUUUUCCCUUUAUUUCUUUUUUAUUUUCUUAAUCAAUGGAGUUACAUGUGAAAAAUCUCCAUCUCAGUAAUGGAGGAGUGUGAAUUCUUCUGUAGUUAAGGUAGUCUAUUUUUAGGUUCAUUUAGUGGUGGUGAUGUUUGCUGAGUGUUAGGUUUUGGGAUAGUCGAUUUAAGAAAUGGCAGAUGUUCAGCAACAGCUUCAACAGAAGCCCGAGAGCACGGCUGAUAAUGCACGUGUUGAAUUUGAGAGGGGGCUCGAGGAGCUGAUGCGUGGCCAUUUGGAUGGAUGUAUGUCAUAUGAGUCAUGCAGUUCUGCUAGGAACACGGAGGAUGAUGAUGAUGAGGGUGAGCAACUUGUCAGGAGGAGGAGGAGGUCCGACUUAGAAGGUGAUGAUCUGGCUGAGUCAUCUGCAGCCAGGAGGCGCCACUCGCGGAUUUUAAGCAGGUGGGCUGCUAGGCAAGCACAGGAGAUGAUAACAACAAUGGAAAGGAGAAAUCGUGAGUCAGAGUUGAUGGCACUUGCUGGCUUGCACACAGUUUCCAUGCUUGAUUCAUCAUUCUUGAGAGAAUCACAGUCUCCUACUUCAAGGCACCAGGGUGGUGUUGAGAGAAUAAGCAGUCGGGCAUCAAGCAUCCUGCGGAUGUGGCGGGAAUUGGAGGAUGAGCAUGGCUUGAACCGUGCCCGAGAGAGAGUGAGGGGAAGACUGACACAGCAAAGGAGUGUGGAUUCUAAUACAAAUGUCUCCAGUGUAAACAUGUCUGAAAGCAGAGAAAGUGAUAAUCAGGGUAGUUUGGGGGAUGCUAGUGAGAGUGAGAAUGACUAUGGAAAUUGGACUCAUGAUCCUAUUAGACAACAAAAUGAAAGUAGGGAGCAUAACAAUUCUAGCCGGGAACAAUCUCCUGAUCUAGGUGAAGUUGAGAGGGAGAGAGUGAGGCAAAUUGUACGGGGAUGGAUGGAAAGUGGCAUCACUGACCCAUCAUCUAAUGUUGCUGAGAGGAAUGGUGUUCAAAGAGGGGAAUGGCUUGGGGAAACUGAGCGUGAAAGGGUUAGGAUUGUGAGGGAGUGGGUGCAAAUGACCAGUCAACAGAGAGGAUCACGUGCUCAAGUUGGUGCUCAAGUUGAUCGGGUUCGCGAAGGGUCUGCUAUUCACCAUGAGGAAGGUCAGCCAGAGCAUAUUCGCAGGGACAUGUUGAGACUGCGUGGAAGACAGGCUCUAAUAGAUUUACUUGUGAGGAUUGAGAGGGAACGGCAGAGGGAAUUAGAAGGACUGUUGGAGCACCGUGCUGUUUCGGACUUUGCUCACCGCAAUCGUAUUCAGUCAUUACUCAGAGGUAGAUUCUUGCGGAAUGAAACGCCUGUUGAGGAGGAGAGACAACCGUCAAUGGCAGCAAGUGAACUGAUUCAACUAAGGCAACGUCACACUGUUUCUGGAUUAAGGGAUGGAUUCCGCUCCAGGUUAGAAACCAUAGUUCGUGGUCAAGUAAGCAGCCACUUUGAAUCUUCAUCUCACAGUACGAACAAUGAUUCUAGAAAUAACCAGACUCAUGCAAAUGCUUCACAGGAGGUUCAAAAUGAAAAUCUUGAGCAGCCACAGAUGAGGGAUCAGGAAGAUAACGCUCAUCAGUUGCAUGAACACAGAGAAAGUUUCAAUGUUAGCACAGCUGAUCAAAGUACGAGUCAGCAGAUCCCUCACAAUCAGGGAACAGAUCGGGUAGUGCCGGUUGCUGAAGCUGAGGCAGGAAAUCAAGGGAAUUCAACUUCUGAUGAAACUGCUGAAAACACAAGUAGAAAUUGGCAAGUCAAUUCAGUAACUACUCGGCCCCUUGAAACAGCAGGGGAUGCAGUUACAGAUGAACAACCUGUGCGUGAAACUGAAGAAGUUUGGCGUGAGGAUGGUUCACGAGAAGCCGUGGAGAAUUGGUCAGUGGGGCCUUCUGAUCCUCCUAGAAUGCGGCGAUCUGUUCCAGUUCGGAGAUUGAAUAGAUUUCACCCCCCUGAGGAUGAUAAUGUGUACAGUAUGGAACUCCGGGAACUUCUAAGCAGGAGGAGUGUUUCCAAUCUUCUUCGAAGUGGCUUCCGGGAGAGUUUGGAUCAAUUAAUUCAAUCAUACGUAGAAAGGCAAAGCCGUGCGCCCAUUGACUGGGAUCUGCAUAGAAACUUGCCUAUCCCCACUUCACCGGAUAGGGGUCAGGAUCAGCAGAAUGAACAAAAUGAGGAUCAGCAUGAUGGUAUUGUCAGACCUUCACUUGUAUUGCCGUCUCCUCCAGUGCCUCCACCACAACCGCUUUGGCAUCAGGAUUUGCAUCAGUCUGGCUGGUCUCGUCAUAGUGUCCAUCGCUCUGAACUAGAGUGGGAGAUGAUAAAUGAUCUGAGAACAGACAUGGCCAGAUUACAGCAAGGUAUGAACCAUAUGCAGAGGAUGCUGGAAGCCUGCAUGGAUAUGCAGCUGGAGUUACAGCGCUCUGUCAAGCAGGAAGUUUCAGCAGCUUUGAAUCGAUCAGCCGGUGGUCAAGGGGUUGCAGAGACCUCCGUGGAUGGGUCUAAAUGGGGCCACGUGAAAAAGGGUACCUGCUGUGUUUGUUGUGAUAACCAAAUCGAUUCCCUCCUGUACAGAUGCGGACACAUGUGCACCUGUUCAAAAUGUGCAAAUGAAUUGGUCCGAACCGGAGGGAAGUGUCCACUGUGCCGGGCACCCAUUGUUGAGGUGAUCCGAGCUUACUCCAUACUGUAGAGAGUGAUGACUGAAAACCAUAUUAUAUAUAUUAUAAGUUGAUAAGAAUGGUAAGAGUGGGGAGUAACGGAAGUCAGUGUUAUCUUAUAUAUAUAUAUUCACUGCUAUGCUGUGCUCCUCAGAAUGUAGUGUAGAGUAUUUACUUUGCCGAUGUUCUUCUGAUUAUUUGCAGAAUGCUUUGCAUUUGUAUAGUUGGAAAAACAAGUGGCCCCUUUUGCUUCAUAAUUCGUUCGUAAAUAAAAGAUCAAUUCUUUGUCAUUGUUUGAAA